AUGUCAGACUCAAAAUUUGGAGAAGAGGCUGCUACAAUGCCUUCUAAGGCAAUGAACCUAGAGUCCAUCAAGAAGAUGGUAGAGGAGUUGCUUGAAGAUAAACUUAAAGAGAACGAACAGUCCAAGGGAAAGGACAAAACUUGUGAUGAUGAAUCAGAAGAGGAGAAUAAGGAGAAGGAGGCCAUCCCUCAAAAUAUGGAACUUGGUCAAAAGAUGUUCUUGGAUGCCCUGAAAUUAGUAAAUAUGGAUAAUGUGGAAAUCAAUAGGAGCACAAGGAGAAGUCCAUUUGAAGUUGCGUAUGGCCUGCACCCCAAGGGGAUACUUGAACUCAGAGAUCUUGGAGGCAUGGACAAAAGGAGUGCCCAAGGAGAAGAUUUUACUAACACCAUGAAGGAGAUUCAUGAACAAGUUAAGCCUUCACUUCAACAAAGUGCUGAUAAAUAUAAAAUCAGAGCAGAUGUAAAGAGGAGAUAUGUUCAGUUCAAAGUAGGGAAUUUGGUGAUGGAUUACCUAAGGAAAGAAAGGUUACCUAAAGGCCAACCCUCUAAAUUGCUCAUGAAGAAGAUAGGUUUCCUCUGGGUGGUUCAUAAAUUUGGAAACAAUGCAUAUGAAUUUGAACUUCCAGCAGACUUGGGAAUAUCUCCCAUCUUCAAUGUAUGUGAUUUGAUAGCCUUCAAAGGAUCCUUGACAGAUGCAACACCUGAUUCAUCUCUUGAGGAAGAGGAUGUAGAAUGGAUGAAAGAUCUGCCACCUAGCAAGCCAUUGGAAUUGGAGUGCUUUAUUGACUCCAAGGUGAUAACAAAAACAAGGAAAGAUUCUGGAACAGCGCAAGAGAUUGCAAAUCAGCACAAGCGACUCAAGUUCAGCGCGAGAGAAAAACUAUUUCGGCGCGCGCAUCAGCCUGAGCGAUUUCAACGCGAGUACAGGCAUUUCGGUGAGCGCAGGCGUUUUAGCGUGAGCGCUUUAGAUUAG